AUUUCCUAGUUCUCUGGCGGAGUGAAUGAAUUUUUCUGCCCGCAAAGAUGUGGUUAGAAACCGAUUGAUUUUGCCGAUUCAAACGAGGAAUAAAAAAAUAAAAUCAACAUGGCAGUGUCAUUUUGUGGUAAAAGAAUAAUCCUCACACGAUCCAGCCUUGUUAAAACCCCAAGGAGGAACGGAUACAUCGUACUAGUACCAGAAAUCGGCGAAGAUCUACAAGAAAAAAAUCCGCUGCUCAAAGAUGAUGGAUUUCCAGAAUUCAAUCGGCUUACAAUUGAGAAGUGCGUUGCUGCGAUCGGAAAACAGUCUGUGGAAUUCGAACAAGGAGUCAGGCACAUUGGAGAGACUGUUGAAAAAAUGGAGUCUCCCGACCUAUUUAAAGACAUGUUGAAUCCCAUCGAUGAAUUGGGCACUCCGUUAGAAACGACAUGGGGUUUAGCCAAGACACUCUACCUCGGAAAUAAAAGCCUCAUGCCGACUAAAUGUUACAAGAAUAUCCACAAUAGAGCUAAAGGAGCCAGAGCGUCCAAGUAUAUCAUCAAGCCGAUAUAUCAGGCGUGUAAAAAGGCCAAGGAAGAUGGGAGUUUAAAAAUGACGGAGGAGCAGCAAAGACUUGUUUCCAAAUUUGUAUUGGAGGGAAAAUUGAAUGGCCUUGAAGUCCCUCCUUCUGAUAAAGACAGCUACGAACUCGCAGUAUAUAGAAUGCGCGAAAAACAGACUGAAUUUCGGGAUAAAUUAGAGGUUUCAACAAAGCAAUUCAAGCACAUACUAAGCGAUCCUAAUGUAGUCAAAGACUUUCCUCGGGAGUUUCUGAAAAGUAUCGCUGUAGAUUCUUCGCAACCAGAGAAAGGCCCUUGGAAAAUAACUUUGGAGCCUCAUAUCAUGAACACGUUUUUAGAAUACUGUCCCGAUCGUAAUCUCAGAUGGAAAGUUUGGGUUGCCGACCGCGAGCGUUCGGUGCCCUGGGAAGACCGGCACGUGUCGACAAGCGUGACUCUGGAAUAUCUGAGAGACGCGCGUGCUAGAAAAGCAAAAUACCUUGGAUAUAAGUCCUACACUCACAUGAGCAUGGAAACGAAAAUGGCUGGAAGUGUAGAGAAUAUUUACAGCGUUUUCGAUUCGCUGUUGGAAAUAGCGUGGCCUGCGCAGCUGCAGGAAUUGGACAGCUUGAAAUCAUUUGCGUAUGACAGAGGUUUUGACGGCAAUCUUCAGCUGUGGGAUCUUCCGUAUUGGAGCAGAAAACAACAAACGACUUUACACGGCAUCAACGAAGUCCAGUUGAAGGAAUACUUUCCUCUGCCGCAAGUGCUGUCCGGUCUUUUUAAACUGUUGGAAAGAUUAUUUGACAUAAAGUUCAUUGAGCGAAAAACUGCAGACGUUUGGCAUCAGGACGUUCGACUGAUCGACAUUGUAGAAGGAAAUGAAAUCGAGCCCAUCGCUAGUUUCUAUCUGGAUCCGUACGCCAGAGAGGACGAAAAAUUUCGGAUAGAGGAAAGCUCGGGAUGGAUGGUGACUAUUCGGAACAGGAGCGCCAUUACUCAAACAAAUCCUCUCGCGGCUCUCAUAUUCAAUUUCCAACCGCCUCGCCAGGACAAACCCUCUUUACUAACGUUCAAGGACCUCGAGGUCCUCUUUGCCAAGUUCGGUCACGCAAUGCAGCAUUUAUUAACCAAAACGAAUCACUCCGAGGUUGCCGGCUUCUCAUACGUCGAAUGGGACGCUGUGGGAAUCAGCAGCAACUUCAUUUUGAAUUGGCUGUACGAAUAUUCGACCUUGAAAGACAUCGGAACACAUUACGAGACUGGAGAAUCAUUGCCAAAAGAGAUGAUCGAGGGAUUGGCAAAUAUCAGAUCUCACAUGGCAGGCUACACACUUUGCAAGAAGCUUUACCUGUCUAGGCUCGACUUGGAGCUGCAUUUGAAUGCGGAUAUAUUCUGGCUGGAUCUUGUGAAAAAACUUUGGAAGAAACACUUCGCAUUUGCCUUGGACAAAAGGGACGGUCAUGUCUGUUCGUUCGAGGAUAUAUUCAGCGACGAGUGGGGAGCUGCAUAUUACAGUCAUUUGUGGGCGCAAAUGGUGGCUGCUGACGCGUACAGCGCUUUUCAAGAGGUCGCGCCUGGCGACGAACAACAACAGGCUGAAAUUGGGAAGCGGUUUAAGGACACGUUUCUGUCGAGCGGUGGAGCAUGCCAUCCGAGCGAAGUUUUCAGACGUUUUAGAGGCAGGGAUCCGAGCCCCAAUGCGCUGAUAAAGAAUCUUGGAUUAAAGUCGCAGGCUAAAAUUCAGUAAGAUUUCAAAAAGCACAUGUUGGUUCUUGAACGUAAUGAUUGUUUGUGCGAUUUACGUACACGAAUUAUUGUCCGGCGUAUAGCUGGGGAUGACAUCGAGAGACAGUGUGAAUAGAUAUCUCUUUUCUAGAUAGAUUAUAGGUAAUUCUACUGCGCAUGAUCUCUGCUCACUUUGAGGAACAUCACUUGAUUAUGAAUGAACAAUUGCCAAAACUGAUAAGAGAGCGAGACAGGGAUAAUCUGUGUGAAUAAAUCGUUGUCCUCCAACCGAUGAUUCAGUUAUUUAUGCACUGUUUAAUCGCUUCUUGGUAACUGUAAACCAGUCUCGCUGGUCAUCUCGCUGACUCUGAAUUUUUAUCAAGUAUUUUCCAAUCGUUUCCAAUGCUGCAGGGCGAAAAGUGUUAAUAUUCGAUGAAACUUCACUGCCGUUUUGGAGUAUCCUAGAAAUUUUCGAACGUUGUAUCAUUUCCCUCAAAUUUUGGUGAAUAUUAAAUUGAAAUGAAAUGUUUUCACCGCAAAUUAGUUAUCUUUAAAGCUCUCAAAGAUAAUUUAUACAAUCCGAUUGCACGGUCUCUUAUCAUUUGGCCUUAAUUGUUUACCCGGCCGUGUUAUCGUCAAGUUUACCGUUGAAUGACCCCCAGGUAAGAAACAUAGGCGAGUUACUAUCAAUUGUAGAAAUAUUAUGUAUAAUGUCUUUAUAGUGUAUUUAACAUAUGAUUCAUUCAAGUAUAUAUAGUAUUAUAUAUACAUAUAUAAGUGAAAAUUAAUUACAUUUAUACAAAAAAAUCCUUUACGAUAUAUAUAGAAUAUUAUUUGAAUCGUGCUACGUAAAUGACGCAAAAUCACCAAUUUAUAAAAAUUGAAUUAAAGAGUAGGUUCCAAUCUAAUAAAGUGAACACUGUACCAUUCAGGACGUUGGAAUUUUUUUUUUAACUUAUAUUUAAACGAGAAAUUUUUUUUCAUACAAAUUAUACAACUAAGUACACUGAAUUCGGUAUAGAUACAUAACUUCUGAACCGUUUGAUUCCAUCUUCUUUUUAAUAUAAGAAAUCUUUUUUCCGUCAUUGUUCUUCUCGUCGACCUGGCAACACGUCUAUAUUACAAUUACACCUCAAGUCCAAUAUUCGUUAUAUUGCUGUAAAAUACAGUUGCUUCUAUACAUAAAAAAUGCACACACCUGUUUCGAGUCAAAGCUUUUCGAGCGAUCCUUUGAUGAUAGAUGUUAAUUCCGUGUUUUAUGGCAUUUUAUGAUAAAUUUCAUCGGUGAAAAUAUUCGUUUAGAGUAUGAUGAACGUAUAAUCUUUGCGAAUAUACGCUUAAAUGGUGUCAGUUUAUUGAAACUGUUGGCGACAAUCAAACCAUCGUGUUACGCAUACGACCGAGACUUUCUAUUUCCGAUUCUAAAAUGUCUCCUUUCUGUAACGGAAAAACAAUGACUUAUUUCAUCGGAAUUU